AUGGAGAUCCUGUUCUUGGCAGAGCUCCGGUCGCAGGUUGUAAUGGGCGACCCGUCGUACGGCGACACGAUCUCGUACGGAGUGACGGCCGUUGUCAAGACCGGAACCUUGCGAGCAGCACCUACCUUUUCAAACGGUGGCAUCAACGUCGGUGAUGAGUCGGGAACCAGCUCUUCUAGCAGUGACAAGGCUACCAGUGGAGCUGAAAACGCCAACGUUGUGGAGGUUUCCAUGAAAAUUAUGUAG